AGCACAUUACGGUUAGGGUUAGGGCAAAAGCAUGGCAGCAGAUCGCGAGGCGGAGAUGAAGGGAUCGCAAGGCGCCGCUCCCCCGCCGCCCAGCGCCGCCGCCGCAGAGCCUGUGAUCGGGGUUCCCUACGCGUAUCCGCCCUCCGAGGGCGCGAUCCCGGCGAAUGGAGUGAUCUAUCCGCCUCUGGUGGCUCCGCAGCAAAUGCCGCCGCCUCACUACCAGGAGCAGCAGCAUUUCCUGGGAUCGGUGCCCCCGAAUGCGAUCGUCGGGCACCCGAAUGGGAUCCCGCUGCUGGAGACGGUGUUCGGCGACACUCCGGCUCCAUUUGUGUGCAGUCACUGUGGAACCGCGGGUGUGACGAGGAUCAAGUCCAAGAUCAGCUUGGCUACGUUUGUGGCGUGCUUGAUCUCGUGCGGAGUUUGCUUCCUGUGUCCUUCGUGCGAUUGUCUCUGGCACAAGGAACAUUUUUGUCCAAGCUGCAGUACCAAGGUUGCUGAAUUCACCAAGUCGGAUCCCUGUGCCGUGAUUGACCCAAUGCAAUGGUUGCAACCAAGUUACGCGAUUCCAGCAUAGACUCUGCUCCUCUGCUUUUUGGUGUGUAUACUUGUAUAGCUCUUAACUAAAGCGAAGGAGAAUAGUGCAGCCAAACCAGAUUACACUAGAUAAUCCAGACAAAUCCAGAUUUUCUUUCUAGAUAAUCCAGAUUAUCCACAGGAUUUUGUUUACUUUGAGGGGAUAACUCCCAACAACUGUUAGUUUGAGCUGGGGUUUUUGUUUAGAGUUUUCCUAAAAUUGGAGUUGCGUUUGUUAAA